UAUUUUCCGAGAUAUAUAUUUUGUUUAGAAGAAGAAAUUAAGGUAAGAAAUGAAAGGGAAGAGAGAAAGCAGAGUGUGUCACUGUUCCCCAAUUUAGUGUGAAGCUUUUGGAAACAAACAACGAUGCCUUCUGCUCAAGAUCCAUUCUACGUUGUCAAGGAGGAGAUUCAAGAAUCUAUUGAUAAGUUGCAAUCUGCUUUUCACCAAUGGGAAAACACUGCUGAGGCUGGCGAGCGAUCACGUCUUUCGAAAGAAGUUGUUGCUAGUUGUGAAAGCAUUGAAUGGCAGGUGGAUGAAUUGGACAAAGCAAUUUCUGUAGCCUCUCGAGAUCCUUCUUGGUAUGGCAUUGAUGAAGUGGAGCUUGAAAGCCGGAGGAGGUGGACCAGUGAUGCUCGCACCCAGGUGAGCACAACAAAGAAAGCAGCGGCAGCUGGGGGCUCAAAUAUAACAAACAAUGCUACUCUAAAUGGGAUGCACAGGGAAUUAAUGAGGCUUCCUAAUUCUUACCAAGCUGCAUCUGACCAAUAUGCUGCCCGGGAUAAUGAUGAUUUUAUAGAAUCAGAAUCAGAUAGGCAGAUGCUUCUUAUGAAGAAACAAGAUGAGGAGUUGGACGAGCUUAGUUUAAGUGUGCAAAGAAUUGGAGGUGUUGGACUUACUAUUCAUGAAGAGCUCCUAUCACAGGAAAAGAUUAUUGAUGAACUGGGUAAUGAGAUGGAAAGUACAUCUAAUCGUCUAGAUUUCGUCCAAAAAAAAGUGGCAAUGGUCAUGAAGAAAGCUAGCGCAAAGGGCCAGAUCAUGAUGAUAUUGGGUUUGCUGGCGCUGUUCAUUUUCCUCUUUAUCUUGGUAUUCUUCACCUAGUCGUUGAGACCAACGCACCCCGUCAAUGUUCUGCUUGUACAUGAAAAAAGACUAAAGCUUCUGUGAAGAUACAAGAUUAAUGGGAUGACAUUCAAUGACUAAAAGUCAAAGGAAGGCCUAGUUGGUUUGUCGAAGGCGGUAGAAAAUUUUGAUUAUGAUGAAAAGCAAACUGUUGUACUUGAAAAUAUAACGAGAGGAUUUUGUUUCUGAACAAGAUGGAUCACAAAUGUGAUUUAAAUUAGUUGUGCUCGUUUUUAAGAUGAUUUUUCCUGCAUAUA